ACUUCAUUAUAGACAAAGGAAGCUCUCCAUAGGCAUUCAGGUAAGAUGGAUAUCUCAGACAAGAGAAAGGACUAACUUUCUCUCUGGGCAUAAAGCUUAUGAAUGCUCUUCUGAAUUGGAGCAUCCAUUGAUAUCUCUGAUAUAUAAGUCUUAUUCAAUUGUCUGUCCAUAGGUCAGUGAUGAUAUUACUAUUGUCUGAACUUCUUCUCAUAAGCAAGAUAUAACUUGAAACUUUUAGUUUUCAUAUUUUAAGUGAAUAUCUCCAAAGUCUUUCUUUUGUCUCACCUACAUCUUAGUAUUAACUUGAUUUGUGUGUGUGUGUGUGUGUGUGUGUGUACAUUUCUGAGCAAAUCUGGAAGUUGAUAUUGAGGAACUUAUGUUACUGUACCCCUUGGACAAAUCACAUUUAUUUUAGGCCCAGUAUUCCUAAUUUGUUAGUAGCUUUGGAUAAAAUAGUCUACUAAAUGUAACAUUUAAAUGCUGCUUUUGUGAAGUACAACAUUUUGCAGCCUGAAAUGUAUGAGCUGUUCAAUGACAUACUUGCAUUUUUAGCCUUGUAUGUUGUAGUGUAUGAAUAUUCAGGUCAGUCGAUGACCGAUAUGGGGUUUCAAUAGUUGCUUCUUGAAGCGUGAAUAUAGGUAAAGUGGAACAUUUUCUGAUAUGUUGCCAUUUUAAAAUACGGUCCAAAUGGCUUAGCCCCCUCACACCAUUUUUAAUAGCUAAAUAUCUGCUCUAAACUAUAUAAAGGAAAAAGGAAAAAAUAUUGAAUAUUCUCAACUUAAGUGUCCCGCUUUACAUGUAUUCAACCUACUGUAUUUGGUACCAACCAAUUCUGAAUACAAUAUGUGGACACAUUCUUGAAUCUAAGUAAUAUAAAUAGUGUUUUCCAGAUUAUAUCCUUAUUUUGUCUACAUCACCAAAGGAGUUAGAUUUAUAAUAAAAAUGUAAUUCCUUUUAGAGUAAACAAAUGCAUCUUUGUUACAAGUCAAAGAGCAGUCAGUUUCUUCAGUGUCACUGGGUCACUUAGUAUUAUGUUACUGUUCUCAUCUUGAUUGCCAUAGCGUCACAAUAUCCAAUCAAUUAUGGUAUUGUUAAUGAAGAUGCUAUUCUGUUUCUUUCUAUGUCCUUCAAAACUGUGCCAUACUUUCAGCUUUCAGCUUAGAUUUUCAUGUUUGUCUCAUGGUUAUAUAUAUUAUUGUGUUUUUCCUUAAUAAGUACCUCUAAAAAUGCCAUAUAGUCUCUUUAUCUAAAAUGCCUCCUUUGGAACUUUAUAACUUCACUAUAUUAAAAAUGUUGUACUUUCUAGAUAAGUGUCUACUUCAUACAUUUCCGAAGAGUGGUUAUUGGUUUUAGUCCUUAAGGAGCCUAGCAUCCACAGGUAUUUGUUCCAAAUCUGCAUGUUAUCAUUUGGGCUUCCUAAAUAGGUACUCUCUUAAGUUAACUAAUUAGUUAAAUUAGAUGGUGUAGAACUUGAAAUAAGGACAUGAAUCAUGGAGUAACUGUCCAAAGACUUUCAAAAACAUUGGUGAAGAAAGUGGGUCAGAAAAAAGUAUUUGAAUGUAAUUGAUCUCAUUACAUUACUUAAUGAGUAAAUUAACUAAUCAACUAAUGACAUCUUUUCCCACAGCUGUUAUUUUCUUUUGGGUAAAGGGUUACGUCAAUUACAGUAGGCCUAUUAGUUACAUCAAUUGCAACACUACAAUAAGGUUCAUUUUAAUUGAUCAAAAUACUAUUGGUCAUGUUAACUCAUAAUGCAUUAACUAAUGUUAAUUUAUGCAUCUUUUAAUGUAAAAAAAUGUAUUAAUAAAUAUAAAUAAUUUACAUAAACCAAGAUUCAUGAAAAGUAUUCUUAGUUAAUGCUGAUGUAAAUGAAUACAACCUUGUUGUAAAACGUUCCCUAGCUGUCUAUCUAAAAACUGUUACAAUGUUGCUGUUUAUAGUUAAAGAAAUCAAUUGAUUUACUGGACAUUUUAAGUUUUUAGAUUUAAUAUGGCCUCUAUCCUUAAAGUUACCUAAUGGUUCUCCUUAAAUUUAUAUUUUCAGGUAUGUGUAUAUAUGUGUGUGUGUGUGUCUUCAAGGGAGCUUCGGAUUACUUUGACGAAGUUUCCCUGGGGAACUUGCCCAUAGUUUUAUCUUCAUUUUGACAGGUUUUUGUUUCAUGUUUCAUGAGAUCCUUGUUACAUGAGUAACAGGUAGUAGAUGAUUUGAUUGUGAGCAGGGAUGCGUUCACAUGAAACUAAUCAGCUACCUGAAGCGCUAGCCAGUUUUAUAACACUGACCAUUUAUACAACCAUCAGCUGGUUUAGGAUGAAUAAGUGCCAAAUUUAAAAUAACCUACAUAAACUAAACCCAUAAACCACCCUGUUUCUGAAUAAUUGACUAUAAAACUGGUGUCCAGGAACAGCAAAGUAAAAUGAAGAAAAGUUUUGCGAAAGAAAAGAUGUCUCUGAUAUAAAAUGAAGUAUUGACUAAACAUGUAAAACACGUGUCCAGAAAGUCAAAGGAAAACCUCACACUUGCAUUAGGAUUAGGUCUCCAACAGUUGCACUUAAUCUGUUUAUGCUCCAAAGUCUUUCUCUUCAUGUGUUGCACAAUAUCAAUCACUGUGUUUGUUUCUAUACAUAUGCAGUAGCUUGCUGAGCCCGAAGAGAGAAGAUCCAAGAUGCCACGCUCAAAGAGUGAUAUCAUGUCCAAAGAACCAAGCUCCAACUUGGAAAGUGCAAUGCAGAUGCUCAUCAAAACCUUCCACAAGUAUUCUGGGAAGGAAGGAGACAAGUACACACUCAGCCGAGGAGAACUGAGGGAACUGCUGACGGAGGAGCUGGGAAAUUAUCUAGGGAGCGCACAAGAUAAAGACGCAGUGGAACGAGUGAUGAACGAUCUGGAUUCCAAUAACGAUGGCGAGGUGGACUUCACCGAGUUCAUCAUCCUCAUGGGCGCGCUGACAGUAGCCUGUAAUGACUUCUUCCUUGACAGCCCACCGCCCAAAACCAAGGGCGACAGCAAGAGUGACGGAGCAACAGAGGAAAAGAAAGAGUAAUGCGAGAAUACUAUAACAGAAAAAGAAUGCUAAUGGAAGGAUAGUGCUAGUGGCCUGAGAACAAGGGAGUGAGAUCAUAUUUUCAUCCAUUUCUUUUAACAGGACAGACAAACCUAAUUCCUGGAGGAGAUUUCUCUGCUUUUAUAAUCCAACCCAAGCUGUUUACUAGUUUCAAUGUAAAACUGUCAAACCCUUAAGGCAAAAACAUACCAGUGUAGUGCCAGGAGCUGGCUUGUCUAAUGCUGAACUGUUUUUAUUUCAACGUUAAUGAGAAGUUCUUGUGUGUAAGGUGUUUAAAAAUCUUUCAGGUACUUGGACGGCUGCCUUCUAUUUCAAAUAAGGGUACUUGACUGAUGAUAUUUUACACAGCUACACAAGAGAGCAAUUUUUUGGAUGAAGAUAUGACAUCAUUCUUUGUUAUGAGUAUAAGCAAUGGCUAUUUAUUUGUAGGCAAAUAAAGAGAGAAAAAAAGAACAAUAAAUGUGUGUUACUGGGGUUAAUGUACAGUCGGUCAGUCAUUUUCACAAAAUAAACCCCAACAGGGUGAUCAGAUCUUCACUCUUCAGGGUAUCAUUACCCUGAAGGGCUUUAUUUUGCAAUAAUGACUGGCUAACUGUACAUUAUCCUGUUAUUACAUGGCUUGAACAAAAUUAAUAUCGAAAUAUUGCCUGGGACUUUGGUCAAUUAUACAGUUUAGCAGUCAUUAUACUAAAACAUUUGACUGUAGAAUGCAGCGAUUGAUCAAAUGAAGUGAAGUUUUCCAGAGAGCCGUGUAAUAAACCCACAAUUUGUAACCCACAUAUAAAUAUGUUGAUGUAUUUAUACUUGCAUAAUGCAUUCAUGAAAUUCAGAUAUUAUGUAGUCAUUUAAAACCCCCUGAAAGAAAGCAUUGUUACUGUACAUCAACGUCAAUGUUACCAUAAAUAAACAGUGUUCAUAAGCAUCUGUUAUAAUUCAGCGUUGAAGACAUGACCUUGGUUUGUUUCUUUGCAUCUAUUUUUAACUUGUUUAGUUUAAUAAUCAAUAUGUAUCUUCUUAAUUUUAAUAAACUGAC